AUGUCUAAUAUUAAGGCACAAACAUACUCCACAAAACUUAAGGCAUUGAAUGAAGCCUGUUUCAAACUUGUUAACAAUGCAAGUAAUCUACCGUCUUCAAAUGAUAUCACCAGUUUGUUGAAAUUUUUCCAAAACACUUUAUACAACGUCCUAUCUCCGGAGCGUUUUGCGAAUAGAGACAAUGACUUGGAGUGGAGGGCCAAAUAUUUGCCACAGCUUGAUUAUGGCACUCUUUAUUUAUGUGUCUUGACGAUUUCAGAGCAUAUACAAAAGCUUACAAAUCAAAGCGCUGUCUGUGAGCAUCUGCUACGAACUGUUCAAAGUCUUAUAUUUUGCUUGGACUACGACUGCUUGGAAGGCGUACCACUGGCCAUAACAUGGAUGUUGCUGUAUUUUCCACCAAACAUCCAUUCUGGUGUUAUUGAUUUACUAUGUUCAGUGGCAAUCCCAUUGAUUUAUAAUAUAACAGAUGACCAAGAGUCCUAUGCAGUUGACUGUAUUCCCUCUAUUUUAACGCUGGUAUUUCAACAUGUAGAAAAAGUUGAAUACCAUGUUUGGGUAUUGGAGAGUUUCAUGUCAAGAAAAAAAGACUUAUACAAAGAUUUACUAAUGAUUAUAGCAUAUGGGCCUACAGAAGCCAGACUUCCAGCUGUUUGCUUAUUUUUUCAUUAUUGGCCAGAAAACUACCCAACAGCUUUUUAUGGGAAUCAAGUAUUACAGCCAGUACAUUAUACAUGGGAGUCUUGGAAACCAAUCACAUGUUACAGAAACGAUUGCCCAAACAAAACUGGAAAAGCAUUGGCAAUGAAGAUGACUGUGAAUCCGAAAAUUUCGAUUCAACAAAGUGGGAAACCACCGCCGUUGUAUGUUUGCCUAGAUUGUGCAGAUGCGUUAAAUCGUCUAGAUUUUGAUCAACUUGUGGAUAUUCUUUUGCCUACAAAGCAAAUCAGUUUGACAUGUGAGUCGAAGACAUGUCGCAGCAAGAAUAAUUCAGCUUCUGUUACAUGUUGGUCUAGUGGUUGUACCUACCUGACAGGAAAUCGAGCUAUCAGGCUAUGUGAACUAUGUCAUACAAUUAGGCAUAUUUAUUCUGAUGCCAGUCAGUCGUCAGAAGGAAGAAAUAAGGAGACUGUUGAUACCAGUGUGAUGCAAAGUACUGCAGAUGUACCCACCAGCGAUGAUAAUAAUGUAACUGAUAAUGAUAACAAUAGAAGUAAAGAUCACAGUACAUCACACAUAUAUCAGAGUUCAUUACCAGACGUUUGGGAUAUGUCAAUUGACUCUCAACCCUGUAUGAUUCAAUCAAUAAUAUCCCUAACAUUAGAAACAAUGCCACGAUGGCGUCAAGUAUUGUUGGGUGGUGUAGAGAAUGGAGACGAAGUCACAAAUCGAGCUGUGACUGGAUUAACAUGCCCUGGUCCUAGUGCUCCUGGUGGGCCGACAUCUAGCAAUGAAAUGGUUAUGCUUGGAUUAAGUAGCGGAACUAUAAUUUCUUCAAAUUUAUCUGGAAAUCCAAUGGCCAAUACGACGACAGUCACAGUGGGUGGAGGUGUUGUCGCACAAACAUCUUUUAGCGAUUUUGGGACAGCACAAAUGACUGGAUUAACAACACGUAACCAAACAGGAGCUGGUGUAACUAGUGGCGGUGGAAUUGCUGGUAUCGCUAAUGGCUACGGACAUAAUUCAGGAGCAGAAACUGGAGCAAUAACUCUACUUGGUCGCUACCGUGAUGAAGAUCAUAAAGUUCUAGCAGUAUAUGGGGCUUUUCUUGUCGGUGAAAAAUGCAGACCUCGUGAACGAAUUAAUCUUUAUAUUCUGAAAUGGAUUCAAGAAGUCCAACGUCUUCAUCCUGAAGCUGUGUUUGCAGUGUUACUCCCUCAUCCAUUGAAAUAUGCUCGAGUUGGAAGUUGUUGGGAUGCAAUAAGUGAUCACCUAUCAAGAGUCAAACAUGGACUGAGUCGUAUCGGUAGUCUGAUACCCUAUGAUAUCAUCACGUUUGAGACGUGGGACUUUGUCAUGCCGUAUUGGUUAGAAUCAAUACGCACUGAAGUGUCUCGCAUGGAUUAUCCGGAGUUGGAAAUUCUUCUCAAAAAAAUUUUUGAUGCUACUGCUGGACCAUUUCCUUUUCUUCCACAAAAAGUUUAUCAUUUUGCCAGUGAACGUUUCUUUAAUACUCCAGUCAGCGUACAAGAUCAAGCUUUAAGUUGGUUGGAGAUCUUAACAAUUGUAGAAGUUCCAAUCCCUAUGAAAGAACUUCUCACAAUGUUUGCAGCUGGUGUAGCCUCUUUGUUCUUGGAAUUAUUAUUACCUUCUAGUGAAGAAUAUGAUGAUGAAGAUGUUAAUGAUAAUGUUGACUACACAGAUUCAGAAGCAGAGGAUGAUUCACUAGGACAGAAUACAGUUAGUGAAGCUGACUGGUUAAAUGAGCAUGGAAUUUUAUCCGAGAAAACAAUGCAUGAUGAAGAUGAUGAUAUUGAAUGUAGUCAUUCAAGAGGUGAUGAAUACUAUGAAUAUUUGGAUAGACAUCCUGUAUCCACUGGGAAUCAAUUUUUAGUUGAUGAAAAUGAUUAUACAGAGGGUGAUGAAGAUCCAACAUUAGAUGAAACUAAAAGUUUAUUAUCAAGUAGUAUGGAAGAUAAAAACACCUCUAAGCCAUUUACAUCGAUCAAUCUACGUAAAACAAGUAAACAGAGUCGUUCAAAACGUAUUCCACCGACAGAGUCCAGCAGUCGGCCUACCACUUCAUUGUCAGUAACUCAUGAAGAUAAUUCUGACAAGUGUGACCAAUCAACAGACAGUAAAGCUGAUGACAGUGCACAGAAUAAAUUAAAUCAACGUAAGCUCACCGUAGAAAAAGAAGUAAAACAGUCAAAUGAGUCUGAGACACCAAUUAUCCACGAUUUACCAAGUCAACAAACAAAGAAACAAGUUUCAAAUUCUCCGUAUAGAAUGACUGCUUGUUUAACGCAUAUGUUAAACAUUGCUUAUCGACAGUUAAAAAUCUUGGAUCCAAUAGGACAUUCUGGAUAUACACAAGAAACACCCAAUUUAUUAUUAUGGCUACUUGGUGACAUGUUAGAAUUAUAUUGGGGUAAUGUCGCCGAGACAGCAGAUCAAACAACAAGUCCUGGUUUAAGAAAUCUAUAUUGUAUUGGAUUGGAAACAUGUAUUCUCCCUAAAUAUAAUAACAAAUUAACAAAUGAUGCAAAGCUGCCCGUCACAUCAGUACCACUGUCUGGUAAUAAUAAUAAUAAUGCUGGUGAUAAUAAUAAUUUACCUGGUGUAAACAAGGAAACGGAUGAGGUGCCCAGUGAAUGCAUUGAUUGUUUAGAUAUGUUGACAUGGUUUAAUUAUGCUAGAUUAAUAUGUCAACACUUAGCACCAAUUAGACCAACACCUAAAGUUACAGUCGAUUUCACACUUGACUCAUUGGCAAAUGCUACAAACUUUCCAGAAUACACUGAAUGGGGUGAUUUCAAUAGUACUGGAGUAUUAGAAAACAAAACCUCAUCUGUUACACUAGAUAAUACCCAAAAGUGUCCCGCAUUACCUUCUUCUGAAGACUUGUGUUCAGUUCCACCAGUAUUGCGCCUUGUUUACUUAUUAACACGAUUUCUUAAAGAUGGUACACGUCGCUGUACUGAUCAUGAAGAUAUAAUUGCAGAAUCAGAUCAUUUUUUCCAAAGUACACGAUCAACUUCACUAAAGCCACCAUCAGCAACAGUAUUAGAUGAACAAUCAAUUGCAUCAUCAUCACUAUCAUCUGCAUCCAUUGAUCAGGCAAAUGUUGAACUAAAAGUCUUCCGUGAUCCUGUUGUACUACAGUGUAUUUUAGAAUGCUUAGCUUAUCUAUGUCAUAUAGGUGAUGCAUUAAGACAAGUGAUAAUGAAAGCAGAAAGGGAAGAACAAAAACUGUCUACUGCCAGUUCGAGUAGUUCAACAUCUGCAACAUCUACCAAUCCAACCUCAACUGUGACAACGGGAGCAAUAAAUACUGGUGGUAUGUUGAAUACUGGAGGUUCCACUGCUCUAGGAGCACAGACAGCACUUGGCAUUAGCAGCUUAGUAGGAUUAGCUGGGAAUAAACAUCCUGGUCAAUCAAUUAGUCAGGAUUUAUUGAUCAAAGGACAGUCAAUACAGGCUACGAAAACUCUAACUUCCCGGAACUGUACUGCAACACCGAAAGCUCAAAAGAAUUUUGUCUAUUACUUAAUUCACUCUCACUUAAUUCCAAGUUUAUGGAGUCUACUGAAAUCAGAGCUAUCACACUUAGCCAGUUGGACAGUACCGUUAAUUUUACACUGUCUUUCAUUUCCUGGAGGAUUUAAUAUACUUUGGAAGUUGAUUGAACGUGAUUUCUCUCAUCAUGACUGGAGGAUUCGUUUCGAUGCAAUAGAAAAAGUAUCUGUACUUCUAAGAGAAUUAGAUUAUUAUAUAUUAGCCGGUGGUUUUAGUGGUUCAGCUGGAAAUAAACUAACUCAUUUAUUAUCAGGUGGAAGUAUGGCAAGUUCAGGUGCAGUGAAUCUGUUUUGUAGACUAACAGGUGUAACACAUAUUGGACGUACAAAAUUUAAUGCUGGUCGUAAAAAUGUACCUAGUGGUCAUUUAGUAAGACAACAUGGGGGAACUAAUACAGAACCUACCAGCAAAAUGAAUACGAACACCAAUAAUAAUCGUAAUCCUUUAAUUCAGAGCGCAAUAGCACAUGCAUUCUGUUGUUUAAUUGGUUCAUUGGACGACCCUAAUUCAAUGAUUGCUCAAUACACUGCGAUACAAUUAGCUUCACUGCACAGUAUCUCCUUAGCUUGCGCCAUACAGUGUUUAGAAUUUCAAUUUGACACUGUUAUCGCUGAUCGUUGUCUUAUAUUGCAACGUAUGCAUCAAUUGAGUUGUAGUCUACCAAAUAAGCAAAUAUUUACCUGGGAUUUCUUUGUUAAUCGUUUUGGUCUAUUAGCUAUACAAGCACAGUUGGGGAAUACACCGAAUCAAGUUGAUAUUGAUUCAGUGACUGAUUUAAAUGGAUCACAUCGUACUGGUGAACAUUUUCAAAAUCAAUUUGAACGUGCUGCAUUUGCAAUCAAUAAAAGUACCGGUCUUAAAUCAAUAAGUUUAAAUUCUCGUGCCUACUCCCUACGAUUCAGUGCACAUACAGUUGGUUGUUUCACUCAAGCACAACAAUCACAAACACAAUCAAAUAUGCAUCAACAAUUACUUUUGUCAAAUUCAACCUCAUCUACACAAUUACAAACGGAAGGAAAAGAUGAAAGUCAUAAACGAAAACAAUCUGUAAGCCAACCUGGAUCAGAUUCUAUUGCACCAGAAGGAAUACAAAAAUCACAGUUUAAAUUCGGUCAUGGUGCAAGGCGAUCACGACCAUCGAUUUCUUCUGUAUGUGGAUUAUUGACAGGUGGUUUACAAGCUGGUGAAUUUCUUGACAGCAAUAAUAAAUUCCUUAGUUCCAUACAACAAGCAUUAGAUUUAGACGGAAGUGAGCGUGACACACUUCACCAAUGGGUUCGCUUAUUGCUUAAAUUUAUGUCUACAGUUCAGCUUGAUAUAAAAUUGGAUGAAGGUAGUACCAGUGGAUCUAGCGGGGGAGGAAGUGGUGGUGGAGGAGAUGGAGGAAGUGGCAGUGGGAUCGGUGGCUCCAGUGGAAGUGGUGGACGUCACAAUAUGGCAAACAAGUCUAGAGAUGAGUUAAAAGAUCGUAAAGCUUUAAGCAAAGCUCAAAGACACCUGGCCUUCUUACUUGGUUACACUGAUGGUUCUUUUGAUAUACCACCACACAAAAUGAGAAAUUCAACCGUUUUCCAUGCAUUUUUGGCACAUGUUGCCGGUGUCCUUGAUCGUAACUUCAGUAUGGGUUGUUGUAUUCUACAUCAAACUUUGGUUGUUUUACAAUUUUGUGCAUCACCUCAGCGUUAUGCUACUGACACACAACCACCAACAUUCACCUUGAAACUAUUAGAACCUCAGGUUAGGCUGCAUUGGCUUCAAACACUUCUAGUUAUCUUGUAUAAAUAUGAAUACAAUGCACCAGGUGGAAAUCUGCCAGGUAACAUGAACAUUUGCAGCGGUACGUCCUAUAGUUCCAGUGCAUUAGGUUCACACAUCCCAUCUAGUUCAGCAUCAAAUGUAGCUGGUGGAGGUAGUACUGUCAGAAUACGUAAAAGAAGUUCGGAAAGUGAAGCACUUGUACAAAUGGAUGCUGGAACAGGGAAUCUAUCGUCUGCAAUGUCAGCUGCUAGUGGUAGUGGAAGUAAACCUGUUCCUGGAGGAGGUAGUGUUACUGGAAGUGGUGGUGGUGGUGGUGUUGGUAACAACGUCGUAAAUGUUUCCAGUUCACAUCAAUUUACCCCAUCUAACCUUCUUGGGAGUGGUGGAGGUGCUACAAAUGUAUUCUCGUCAUCACCUUCAGGUGUUAAUUGUGGGACCAGAGGUAUGAUAGAAUAUUUAAUACAAAUUGUUCUGAACACUUUGGAUUCUCAUGUACAUGUUUGCCGAGAUCGUCCAAACGAUGACCUAGUGGCACCAUUUAAUUCACAGCUGAGAAUAAGAGAGACUAGUAAUGUGAGCACAGAUUUCAAUACAAUACUGGAAACUGAAACACCACCAGCUACACCGGUUAAAGAAGAACACGAUGAUGAUGAUGAUACAGUGGUUAUGCCUGGUGUAACUAUAAAUUUGUUACCAUCGUCAAAUGAGUUAAAUGAAAAGUCUACUUCAAGUUCCACCGCAGGAAUUGAAAAUGAUCUAGAUAAUCUUGGUUCAAUCCAACAGAAUGUUGAUGAUUCGCCUGGGGAAAUAAGGAUGAAAAAAAUCAGUUAUGAAAAAGUGAGUAUUUACGGAAAAUCAGGAGAUGAACAAGACAUUACAGAAGAUAAAGCAAUUAAUGAUGAUGAUAAUAGUUAUACGAGAGGUAGAAGAAGAAAUAUCUCCAAAAAUGAUAUAAAGAAAAGAAAAUCUUUUGAUCUAAACCUUAGCAGUGGUUUAACGCAUAAAAAUUCUGCAUAUAAAAAAAUGACCACUUCAAAAUCAACCAGUUCUAUAAGUAAGCAUUUACAACAAAAUCAACAUCCUCAAGGUCAACAUUCAUCAAAUAAUUCGUUGGUUUCAUUGAAGUCUAAAAUAGAUGAGGAUAGAAAUGAAGUGAAACAACUGGGUAUCACAAAUGAUCCAUGUACUGUGACACGUGAUGAACAAUCAAUUGUUACACCACUUUUAUCGGACACCACUACUGAGUCAACUUCAGUACAAGACAAAACUGAAGCAAUGAGCACACAAACAAGUGAAUCACAAGCAAAAGGUGGAUCGAAUGAAUGUAAAUCACCGAAGAAAGUAACACUAAGAUUUCCUAAACGAGGUUCUGGUUCUAAUCUUCAAGAUGAAAAGAAGCUAAAAUCACUCAAAUCUGAUUCGCCAACUCAAUUACUAGACUCAUUAAGUGACUCUGUUUCACCACUGAAUAAAAGUAAACGUUCAAACAAUCAGCAAGCUAAAUUCACUAUACCAACAAGCUCAACUUUAUCUCAUCCAUUGGAUACAUCUGGUGAAGACACAGUAGCACAGAGUAAAUUAUACUCAAGUGAUAUACCACCUUCAAAUUCGUUAACAGUGAAUCGUUCACAAUCAGUUGCUGAAGGACUUUAUUUAUCUGAUAAUGUGAAGUUGGAUAGAAAGCAUGAAAAUGUCAAGAAAAAUAGUUAUACACCUUCACCAAUUACUCAAAAUACAACACAUACCAGUGCUCAUAAUCAUGUACCAAGUACAAAUACAAAUACGCUACCUAGUUUAACUACUGCUGCAAUGACUGUUGCACUAACUACUGAAAGAUGCCCAUGGUGUCAUUGUAUCUUGGAGCAUUAUGAUGAAAAUACACUUGGAUUAGGUAUACUCUGCCUAUCGACAUUUGUACAUCGUGAACCAAGUUUAGCAGCUCCAUACUUAAGAGAUAUGCUGUUAACUACGGCACGCUUAGCCAGUGCAUAUUUCUAUUCCUGGCAACCUGAACUUUCACAUGUGAUUAGUCCUGGGAAUGUGUCUAGCAUUGCUCGUCAAUUUCUUCGUUGCACAAUGUAUAAUCUAGCACCAAAUGGUCUGUUCACUCAAUUAUUCCAAACUCAUAUACCUGAUGACAAUUUCUUCAAGACGAUUAUAGCAGUACUGGUUGAUUUUGAAGAUCAUAUGUCAUUCUUUCAACCCAUCAACUUACUUUUGGAAUCAUUAAAUAAACAAAAGUCAAUAAAUGUUGAUACCUUGCCUGUUCUAUUAGAAAAUCUUGCCAAUUAUUUAGAAAACUUGCCUAAUUUAACUGAUGAUGUUAAAAUGAAUCAUUUUAUAGCCUCUGGAUGGACUGAUAUCAUUGGGCCAUUAGACUUAUUUAUGAGAAAAUUACCCACAGUCACACCGAUACCAAAUAAUCUGGCAACUACUGUACGUAUUAUGACUUGUGUGCUGCGUUCACCUGUUGCAUCCAAUUUCAAGACACUUCCAGAUACAUUUUCGAAUUUACUCCGGGUAAUUGUAGAAAAUGUACACUUUCGUUUGACUAGCGUCAUAGAACUAUGUUCAUUGAGUAAUCGAGUUUUAAAGGAUCGUACAAAAGCUCAGUUGACUAGAACACUGGUUGACAUAUUUCAUCAGUCAAUUAAAUUUCGCGCUUGCAUACCGGAUGAAAACUUGAUAAAACUACUUCAGUUUGUUUUGAUGGAUGCUGGUGGUACAAUAGAACCGAAUCAAGUAGUAGAGGGCAUAACAACACUCUUCAAUCCACAAACCUAUCAUCUAUUUCCAACUGGUGCAGCUGAACUAAUGAAACCUCAUCUACCUGACUGUUUAGCCUUUAUAUCAGAUAUUCAUACCAUGCACAAAGUUAAACAAUCUCAGAAGUCAGCCGUUCAACUGAACAGCCUUGGAUGUGGUCUUGGCUCCUCAUCUGCAAUGACUGGUUCUGGUGUAUGUGGAGGUGGUAAUAAUGACUCCAACACACUAGGAAAUAGUGGAGGGGCCUCCGGAGGUACUGGUACUGGUCUCUUCGGUGGAACGUUUAAUCCCUCAGGAGCGUCUAAUUCUGGACCUGGGGCUACGGGAACUAGCUCUGGCGUUGGAUUAGGGGCAGGUAUCCCAAGUUUACAUGAAGAUGUCUUAGGAGCACACUUGAAAUCAGGCUUAGCUCAGUAUGUCUCAUUGGAAUUAUCAAGAUCUAACAGCGGAGGUGAUCAAGAUGUCUUGCCUCUGCUUGCACCUGGAUUACUAUCUGAUAUAAAGACUAUACGAACUAAUAAAACUGCAGCACCUGGGUUACCUUCCCGAUCAAAGACGUCCACUAAUGUAAUAGGAUCAAAUGUCGCUUCAGCUGGAACAUCCGGGAAGAAUGUAAGCUUAUUGACAGAAAGUGGACAUAUUACUAGUUCCGAGCAUACAACUACACAAGUAAAAACUAGUAAGACCAGUGGAUUAAUUACCAAACAAAGUGACACUCAUCCAGAUCCAGCAAUUAUAGUUAUUACCCAACCGGAUGCCGCUACUCCAACCAUUUGUAAAUCCAGUGAUACAGAUCACCCUCGUUUAACAGCAUCGGCCUCGACACCAUCAGGCAAAGGACUAGAUGGUAGCACUCCCAAACUACUGGCCCCUUCGCUUUCUAGUCCACCACUAGGAAGUUCAUCUGAUCAAAUUUCUUCUACCACUGCUUCAGCAUGCACAUUAAAUUCAACGUCACCAAAUUCUAUUUCUCCUACAACAUCUACCACUCCUAUAGUACCUAGUCCCAAUCUGACUAGUCCUCGUCAACCAACCUAUGCACAUGUUAUGUUAGCUCCACCACUUUUGCAUACAAGUCAUGCUGAAGCACCUAUACUACAAUAUUUACCAUGGUUAAAGUCUACUCCACCGUCGUCUCAAUUAGGACCAAAAGAUUUCCUCAUUAUGGUUGAAAGAGUUCGUACAUUGUCUUGGCUAUUACUCGGUGCAACAAUGAAUAUGGCAUUGACACGUGAAGCUACUGGUUUAUCUUGUCGUCCUAUACCAUUCAGCUUAGUUGUUUCAGUAGCAGAUUUAGUCAAGGCUUUAUUAAGUGGAUUUCCUGACCAACAGAAACAAUCUGUUACUGUGAUGUCUUCAUUGUAUCAUGUGUUCCUGCUGUGUCAGGUAUGGACUAUUUAUUGUGAAACAGUUGCCAGUCUCUCACCAGUGAAUUCAAAUCAACAUAAAGCUGCUAUGGCUACAGCAUUUGAUUUUUGGAUACGAAUAAUGCCAACUGUUUUACGCAUAUUAUCUAUUUCUGAAGAUUUUGUAAUUGUUAGCGGUCGCCUGUUAACUGUGAUUGAAGAGCUUAUUGAAUGUCAAUCAUCUUUAGUUUCAAAGCUGUUUACCUUAUGGAUACCUCUUCUUCAUGGCAGGCACAGACAGCUACCUGGUAACAUGCUUAAACGUCUACAAAAAUGUAUAGAAUGGGAACCUCCUGAGCCAUAUAAUCGAUUGUUGCUGCUGUUGUCUAUACCUGAUCCACUGAUCAACAAUCGUUUUCUAUCAGGAACAACAAUGGGUCAUUAUGACAAUCCAUCGACUACAAAUAUUAUUGGGACAGGAAGUACAUUCCCAUCAUCAAGUAAUGAAAAAGCAUUAAUCCAUCCAACUAAUUCCUCCUUACCAGGAUGGACUGAAAGUUCUUUAUUAGCUUGUCAAUGUAAUUCCUUAAUGGGAUGCAAUUUAAUUUCAAAAUCAUUGAAAGAAUGUCUCACGGAAGGUGUUAAUCUAACUGGUAAUGCACAAUGUAUUGGACAUGCAUUAGCUCCAAGUGCACCUUAUGCUAAUGAUGGAACAUCUGAUGGUAUUGGAUUAGAAGCUGGUGCUAUGGGUUCAGAUCUACUGACGAGUCGUUUAGUUGCAUGGUUAAAAAAGCAUAUAUUUGUACUAGGACAAAACAAUUUGAUUGAUUACAGUCUUCUAAUCGGUGUCCACGAUCCUGAGAUUGCAUUGACUACUUCAAAUGAGAAUGAUGGUGAUGACGUGGAAGGGACUGGUGACUCCGUGUUGGAUGCUAAUCGAGCGUUUGAGGAUAAGGUGGUGUCAGCAGGAGAUGGUCUUGGGACACUUGUAUCACACGGUCAAUAUAACCAUCCGUCGACGACGAGAUCGAGUAUUGCGUUUGGCUUGGCUUCAUCGGGUACUGGUGGUGUUGGGACUGGGAAUGUGAGCACUGGUGAUGACGAUGACGAUGAAGAGGAAGGAGUUUUGAUACCGGACAGCAAUCCACAAGUGCCUCCGAACGAUUUAACUCCACCGGACAGUCCACCCGGAGCGAUUUGUCUACCUCAAUUGUUUUCAGGUGAUCUGCAUCCUAGUUUAGAAUGCUAUGGAAUCAAAGGUUCAACCGAUUCUCCUCAUUCACUGAUUUAUUUUGUGGCUAUUAUCGAUAUACUGACACGUUAUGGAAUGCGUAAGCGUACAGCUCAAACGUAUAAAACAGUAAAGCAUGGUUCAGAUGUGACCUCUGUGAAACCGGAAUUCUAUGGUCGUCGUUUAUUGGAUUUUGUUGAACAGUGCGUUGAUUGACUUCGAAGUGUUUUUGAUUUGAUUUGAUUUUUCAGUUUACCUCUGUUUCCUCUCACACUUAUCCAGUAAAUAUUGUAUGCUUGUAUAUACACAUUGCCUGACAUGUGCAUACACAUACAACAUACAUGCAUUUAUCUGCAGAUGCAAACACACACUCACUGAACACCCGUACAUCCACGCAGCCAGAAUACAUUCACACACACACACACACGAAUACACACUUUAUAAGCGAAUUAUUAUCUCCCGUGCUUCAGGAAUUGUCGAAAAUUGUGAUCAGAACUACUUUUUCCUUUUGUCUUUUCUUCUGCAUUUCAACUACUUAUUUCUCUUUAUUAUAUUAUAUUGCUUUGUGACACACUGCCAGUUGUGUCCAGUGUAUGUGAUUUUGCAUUAUAAUUUGUUGUAAUAAUACAAGUACAAAUAAAAAUGAUCAUAACCACUA